AUGUCGGAGGUAUCCGAUGCACCGUUUCUCCCAGUUGAGAUUAACAAUGAGAAUAACGAGGAAGACGAUCUUUAUGCUUCUGCGGUCCAGGAGGUAAACUUAGAUCCUGAAGUGAAUGGUGCUCAAGAAGGCUUAGAAAAGACCUCAAUAGGAGAUAUGUCAUCACCUGCAACUAUUGGUAGUCCAGUUAUGGAAGAGAUAGCAACUGAGCGUCCAAAUAAUAUUAUAAUAACAGUCACAGAGCCACAAAAAAUUGGAGAAGGAAUGAGUUCAUAUGUUGCAUAUCGUGUUUUGACAAAAACAAACAUGCCAAUAUUUAGCAGACAUGAAUUUGCUGUGCUUCGUCGAUUUUCCGACUUUCUAGGCCUUCAUGAAAAACUUACUGAAAAAUUUCUACGUUCAGGUAGAAUUAUACCACCAGCUCCUGAAAAGAGUAUUGUAGGUACAACAAAAUUAAAAAUGACUUCCACACCGUCCACUGAGAGUGCCAACGGUACGAGCACGACGGCCGGCGUACAGUCUCAGUUUGUGGAAAGACGACGAGCAGCCCUUGAGAGAUUCCUCAACCGAGUCGCCCAACACCCUGUCUUAUGUAUUGAUCCUGAUUUCAGAGAGUUUUUGGAAUCGGACACUGAAUUACCAAAAGCCACAAGUACGUCUGCUCUCAGCGGCGCGGGCAUGUUGCGUUUGUUCAACAAAGUGGGUGAGACAGUCAACAAGAUCACGUACAGAAUGGAUGAAUCUGACCCGUGGUUUGAAGAGCGGAUCGCUCGUAUAGAAUCCCUAGAGAGUGGACUUCGUCGACUCUGCGGCGCUUGCGAGGCGUUGGCUAAUGAGAGACGAGAAUUGGCGGGCCGAGCCCACGAUGCGGCGCGUGCGAUCGCCGCCGCGGCGGCCGCGGACCCGCACCCACCACUCUCCCGGGCCCUCUCAUACCUCUCUGAUUUGCAUGAGAAGAUUGAACACUUAAGAAACGAACAAGCCAACACUGACUUCUACGUUCUCACGGAGCACAUAAAGGACUACCUCGGCCUCAUCGGCGCCAUUAAAGAUGUUUUCCAUGAGAGGGUCAAGGUAUUCCAAAACUGGCAGCAUGCAGUGAUGCAGCUGACGAAGAGAAGAGAGAACAAAGCGAAAGCCGAACUCGCCAACCGUCCAGAGAAGAUUGAACAGGCGUCCAACGAGAUUAUAGAUUGGGAGGCAAAAGUGGAGCGCGGCAAGCAGGAGUUCGACACGAUCUCGCGCGUCAUCAAGAAGGAGCUGGAGCGCUGGGAGGAGGCGCGCGUGGGCGAGCUGCGCGCCACCGUGCUGCGCUACCUGGACGAACACAUGAAGCACGAGGCUCAGGCCAUUCGUUACUGGGACGCGUUCCUACCGGAGGCGCGCGCGAUCAAA